AGUAUACGAGGCGGUUCGAGUCAACGGCAACGGGCUUAACUGCUGCCCAGUGUAACCAGGUGCUCAGCUCGGAGUUUCUGCAGUAUCUGAACGAUGGCAAACGCAAUUAGAGCCCAGCAGCUGAUGCAGCGAUUCCUGACCAGACUAAGACUAACAGCAAUACAGAAUAGACUCUACACAGCUGCGGCUGCGCCUUCAACUCCAGCUGAAGCAGCUCCGCACGUGCCGGUGCUCUGCGAGACGGCCAUCGAGUACCUGCAGCCGAAGCCUGGUGGAAAGUACAUCGAUAUGACCUUUGGCGCCGGCGGACACACAAGGAAGCUGUUAGACAGCUGCCCAGAGACCACAGUCUACGCCCUCGAUCGAGAUCCAGUAGCCCAUCAACUGGCCCAGCGCAUGAGUCAGGAGCAGAACUACGAAGGGCGCCUAAUCCCCAUGCUUGGCAAAUUCUCGGACCUCCCGCAGCUGCUGCAAGCUCUAGAUGUGCCGCCUCGGAGCUUCGAUGGCAUGCUGUUCGACUUUGGCUGCAGCUCCAUGCAGUUCGAUGAAGCUGCGCGCGGCUUCUCCAUCGCCCACGACGGGCCGCUGGACAUGCGCAUGGAUUGCGGACGAGGCGGAGUCAGCGCCGCCGAUGUGCUGGCCCGCAUCGAGGAGGCAGACCUGGCGCGCAUUCUGCGCGUCUAUGGCGAGGAGAAGGCGGCCAAGAAGAUAGCGCGCGCCAUUGUCGAGGCCCGGAACGCGCUGCAGCGCAUAGAAACCACUCGCCAGCUGGCGGACCUGGUGGCCGCUGUGCUGGGCGAGGGACAUCGUAGGGACAAGCUGCAGCGGCCAUCGCAUGUGGCCACCAAGACAUUUCAGGCCCUGCGCAUCUUUGUCAACAACGAGCUGAACGAGAUCAACUACGGCAUGGUGCUGGCCCAGGAGCUGCUGUUGCGCGCCCAGGGCCGGCUGGUGGCCAUCACCUUCCACUCGCUGGAGGACACCAUUGUCAAGCGGCAUCUCAAUGGAAAUGUGAUUGAGGGCGUGGCCAAUCCGUUGCCGCUCAAAUACAGCGGGCACGAUCUUACCCAUGAUCCAGAGCUCAUGGAGUCCUUCGUCCGGUCCAACUGGCGACAGCUGCAUCGACACGUCAUCCUGCCCGAUGCCUCGGAGAUCGCACGCAACAGUCGCAGUCGCUCGGCCAAGCUGCGCGCCGCAGUUAAAAUAAAGUAAAUAAUAGAUUAAAGACGAAAACUCUGGUCAGGAAUAAAACAGAAUAAAACAGAUACUGAAACUCUCUCUA